AUGCAGACCUUCUACGACGUUCUCAGCGUGCCGAUGAGCGCCUCACAAGACGAUAUUUGGCACGCGUACCGGCGUCUGCUCGUCCGCUUUCACCCAGACCGCUGCUACCACGACAACGACAGCGUAGCGUACAACACGACCCGCGAACUGGAUGAGGUGCGGAUGAACCUUCUGAACAAGGUGUACAAGGUACUCUCCAACCCGCAAAGGCGGUGCGAGUAUGACGCCUAUCUCACCCGACAGUUGAGGAGCAACUCCUCUGCAUAUCACCAGCCUCCCCAGCGAGUCCGUCGUCCGCAAGGGACAGUGCAGCCGCAGGUGCUCGCGUUCGGUGGCGGCGCCAACCGGAGCGUAAGUGGUAUGGCAGGAGUGGUGAAGGCAGUGAUGGCAACGGCGGUGGACGGCAACGCCGCGCCAGCCACGGCAGUCGCCGCACCCGCUUCUGGGCAGCCCGUCUCCGCAGAGGAAGGAGCCCGUGGGGAUGCCAUGCAUCCGCCAUAUGCGAACCCCAUGACACGAGCAUUGGGCACCUCGUUCGGUGUAGGAGGAGAAGCGACUACGACCGUAUCGGAGGGCGGCGUAGACUUUGCGAAGUCGCCGACAUCGAACACGCCGUCAUCCGUGUCGAUUGUAUGCACGGACUCCGUGUCGGUGCGCGCCAUCAAGGCAGGUCCCCGUACGGUGGGUCUCGUGGUCGUCACCGAUGGUGGAGUUGUAACAGGCAGCGCGGCCUCCACAGAAACGCCGGAGGCCCCUCAGCAGCAGCCGUCCGCAGCGGCAGCAGCCGCGAUUCCUUCUGCUGUCUUGGACGUCCACCUGCCGCGCCGGAUCCGCGUCAUUGAGGAACAUCUGGUUCUCUGA